AUGUCACAACCUCCACAAGCUCAAGGUGGGUUAGCCUCCAUCGUCAACAAUGGUCCAGUCUCCAUCUUUGCCUACUGUGCUUCUUCAAUUUUGAUGACUGUUACAAAUAAAUAUGUUGUUAAUGGGUUCCAAUUCAAUAUGAAUUUUGUUUUAUUAUUAGUCCAAUCUGUUGUUUGUGUUGCUGCUAUCGCUACUUUGAAAGCUUUCGGUGUUAUUACUUAUAGACCUUUGAACAAAACUGAUGCUAAAAACUGGGCUCCAAUCUCUGUUUUAUUAGUUGUUAUGAUUUAUACUUCUUCAAAAGCUUUACAAUUCUUAAGUAUCCCAGUUUAUACCAUUUUCAAAAAUUUAACCAUUAUCUUAAUUGCUUAUGGUGAAGUUUUAUUCUUUGGUGGUGAAGUUACCUCUAUGGCUUUAGGUUCUUUCUUAUUAAUGGUUUUAUCAUCAGUUAUUGCAUGUUUAGGUGAUCAAAAAGAUUCUGAAGCUUUCGGUUUAAGUGUUGGUUACUUCUGGAUGGCUUUGAACUGUUUCUCAUCAGCUGCAUUUGUUUUAGUCAUGAGAAAGAGAAUUAAAUUAACUAACUUCAAAGAUUUUGAUACCAUGUACUAUAACAAUGUUUUAUCAAUUCCAAUCUUAUUAGUUUCUUCAUUCAUCUUGGAAGAUUGGUCACCAGAAAACUUAAAUGCUAACUUCAGUCAACCAUCAGUUAUUGCAAUGGUUGUUUCAGGUUUAGCUUCUGUUGGUAUUUCUUAUUGUUCAGGUUGGUGUGUCAGAGUUACUUCAUCAACUACUUACUCAAUGGUUGGUGCUUUAAACAAAUUACCAAUCGCCUUAUCAGGUUUAGUUUUCUUUGAUGCUGCAGUUAACUUCUUAUCAGUCAGUUCAAUCUUUAUUGGUUUCUUAGCUGGUAUUGUUUAUGCUGUUGCUAAACAACAAAAAAAAUAA